UCUAUUUUAUUUUUUCACGCUUGCUCUCGCCCUCUGAACUCUUUUUCUCUCGCUCUCACACUCACUCUCGCUUUCUCAACCCUCUCUCUCGCAACUCUCAAUCUGCCUCUUCUCUCUUCCUUUGGACUUUCAUCAAAGCAGAAUUUACCAGUUCAAAUGGCAAGAAAAAGAGCUAAGAAAACUGUAAAACAAGUUGCCUUGUCACCAGGGACUGAUUUCAAUGUUGCGGAGGCAAAGGAGCCCCAAAAUGCGAAACAAGAAGCUCAAUUCACAGACCCAGAUGUUGAGCGGCAAAUUUCUGCCAUUAGGGCUAUUCGUGAUGUUGAGACUGAACAUCUCCUGACUAAUUUGCGUUUGCUUCGCUCCUACUUCAACAAGGAACAGCAGCGAACCCCUCUAUUGCAAUAUUUUAAAGAGAACUUUCAAAACCUGUCGAUUGUAAGAAAUGGAGAAAAUGGACAAAUGGAAGUGCAAUGGAUUGACAAAGAUGGCAAUAUAUCCAUGAAUGAUGGAAUGGAUUUACAUGAGACUCUUCUUCGCCGGUUGUCCAUUGCUUAUUCUGGUUGCUCAGCUGCAAUUCCAUCUCUUGGUGGCUUUGAGUUUUCUAGUAAAGCAGAUAGAACAAGCCUUCUGGGUGCUGAUAAUCUGCAGAUCAGCGACUUUGGUUUAGAGGAGCCAUUUGAUACUCUGAUGCUAGGGAAGCAAGAUACUCUCCGAACUCCUGGGGUGAGUAGCCAGAGGCUGUCUAUUGGGAUGACACCCAAGACGCGAAGGCUCCCGAAGCCUGGGGAGAUGCUUUUAUCUGUCCAUGGCUCACCCCUUGGUGUUUACAAGGAAGACAACAUGGAAGCCAUACAUGAAUCGGAAGAAGGAUGACUGGCUUGAAAUGGCUCAAGUGGUCAGUCAGGAUUCACGACUGUGCAUUACUUGCCAAUCUAAGGUUCUUUAAUUUACUUCUAGCAUUGUGCUAACAAUCACUGUAGUGCCUGAAAAUGCUCUUGUAUCAUUGUACUGACACCUUUGAGAUUGGAUUUAUGUGAAAUAUAUUCUACCAUUUUCCCUGUAUAUAAUUCAUAUGUAAUUUUUGUCAUUUGUUUUAGUAAUUUCCCAAGAGAAUCGAACAUGAACGUUGAUUUAAGCCAGAGCAUGGUGAUAGACUACUCGGUUUUACU